AGUAGUGACUUUUAGAAGCCUUUGUUUCUGUGGAUCACUGAAUAAAUCAUAACAUAAAUAUUGGCCGAGGGGAACUUCACAGGAAAGCCUAUGUUAUGUCAAUAUCAGAUAAGAAACUGCGGCGCCCGUAGGUAAACACUCAACAGCAGACCGGAGGCACUACAAAUCAACCAGGAAAACUACAAAUCCCGAAGACACUCAAUACCGCAGAUUACGCAUUUGCUAUACGGAAGGACUGUAUCUUGCAAUUUCUUGCCUCGUUAUGACGAUUUCUAUUAACCUUUAUUUAUUUAUUUAUUGGAGGUCACCAUAAAUAAAUAAAGAGAAAAACGAAAAGCUACCAAACCAUAAACACUACAAUUCCCGAUCACCUCUUGGGUGGAUGAGAGAAACCAGGAAGUAGAGUUGUGAUGUGGUUUAAAGGAGCGACUGCACAAUAAACAUUAAUCGCAAUGUACAAUUAUAAAGGGAUAUUUUUUUAAAAAACUACAUAUUUUUAAAAAUAGUUUUAAGAAAUGAAUAUUUUAACGCGCUCAGCCAAUGUAUUCCACAGUCUUUUGGUAAUGACGGCGUGUAUGUUUGUACUAGUACAGGGAAUUCAAAGCCAGCAUUUGUCUUUACACGCUAGAGGUGAUACUGGAAAAGAGGACCAUAUUCAUAAUAAUAAUAAUAAUAAUAUUAAUAACAAUAACGAGGUUGAGCUGGACCCAGACGCCAAGGUAAAAUCACCAAAUACUGGACCAGAACAAACGAUCAGGGUAAAUGAAACACAGGAUGUGGGCAAUGAGACAUUACACACCACCACUGUUGCCAAGGCAACAACCCGGGCACCCCCAACCCCAGCAAAGCCCAUCCUGCCGGAACAGACGGGGGUGGAAGCCCAGGAGGAGGAGCAAUCCAGUGGCAUGACCAUCUUCUUCAGCCUGCUGGUGAUCGGUAUUUGCAUCAUAUUGGUGCAUCUGCUUAUUAAGUAUAAACUGAAUUUCCUCCCUGAAAGCGUGGCAGUGGUCUCUCUUGGUAUCCUGAUGGGGGCAUUCAUAAAAAUAAUAGAGUUUCAAGAGCUGGCAAACUGGAAGGAGGAAGAGAUGUUUCGACCAAACAUGUUCUUUCUUCUGUUGCUGCCUCCAAUAAUAUUUGAAUCGGGGUAUUCACUUCACAAGGGUAACUUCUUCCAGAACAUUGGUUCCAUCACCCUCUUCGCUGUGUUUGGUACAGUCAUUUCAGCUUUCAUUGUGGGAGGAGGCAUUUACUUCCUGGGGCAGGCAGAUGUUAUCUACAAGUUGACAAUGACAGAGAGCUUUGCGUUUGGAUCUCUGAUCUCUGCGGUGGACCCUGUGGCCACCAUUGCCAUCUUUAAUGCCCUGAAUGUCAACCCUGUCCUCAACAUGCUGGUAUUCGGAGAGAGCAUCCUGAAUGACGCUGUCUCUAUCGUGCUCACCAACACGGCGGAGGGUCUGACUCGCUCGGAGAAUUCGGACUUCAGUGGCUGGCAGACAUUCCUGCAGGCUCUCGGCUACUUCCUCAAGAUGUUCUUCGGCUCGGCUGCUCUAGGCACGCUCACCGGCCUCAUUUCAGCUCUCGCUUUGAAACAUUUUGACCUGAGGAAGACGCCUUCUCUGGAGUUUGGUUUGAUGAUUAUCUUUGCCUACUUGCCCUAUGGGCUUGCUGAGGGAAUCAAACUGUCUGGUAUCAUGUCUAUCCUGUUCUCGGGGAUCGUGAUGUCUCAUUACACUCACCACAACCUGUCUCCCGUCACACAGAUCCUCAUGCAGCAGACCCUGCGUACUGUUGCAUUCAUGUGUGAGACCUGCGUCUUCGCCUUUUUGGGUUUGUCCAUAUUCAGCUUCCCUCACAAGUUUGAAAUCUCUUUUGUGAUCUGGUGCAUAGUGCUGGUGUUACUGGGGCGUGCAGUGAAUAUCUUCCCCCUUUCUUUCCUCAUCAACAUCUUCAGAGAUCACAAGAUCACACCUAAGAUGAUGUUCAUCAUGUGGUUCAGCGGUUUGCGGGGUGCAAUCCCCUACGCCCUGAGCCUCCACUUGAGUCUGGAGCCCAUUGAGAAGCGACAGCUGAUCGGCACAACCACCAUUGUCAUUGUGCUGUUCACCAUCCUGCUGCUAGGGGGCAGCACCAUGCCCCUCAUCCGCCUGAUUGACAUUGAGGACAGCAAGAGCUCCCGCAAAAAUAAGAAGGACAUCAAUCUGAGCAAGACUGAGAAAAUGGGCAACACGAUCGAGUCGGAGCACUUGUCAGAACUGACGGAGGAGGAGUAUGAUGCUCAGUUUAUCCAGCAGCACGAUCUGAAGGGCUUCAUGUGGCUCGACGCCAAGUACCUGAACCCCUUCUUCACUCGCCGGCUCACACAGGAGGACCUACUCCACGGGCGAAUCCAGAUGAAGACUCUGACCAACAAGUGGUACGAGGAGGUGAGGCAAGGGCCCUCCGGCUCAGAGGAUGAGGAUGAGGAGACUGAACUGCUGUGAACUGGACACUACACUGCUUGGGAUAUGCAGGCAGAAAACGACUGCGAAACACAUUGCUCAAAUACAGGCUGUGUCAAGGCAAUAGGGGUGAAGCAGUUCAAGUGGGCUGCAAAAGUCAACAAGAUUGUGUUCACAUGGUGCGCAAUUGAGUUCACUUUUUAUAGGCCUGGUAAAAUAAUUAACUUUUUUUUCUUCUCAGUUAGGAUGCUUGAUCUCCUGCCAGGCCUUAAUUGACUGCUGGAGUGUGGGGGUGUAAUUGCGAGAAAGCAAGAUGGAUUAAUAGGAAUGUCUUACCUUUUGGAGACUGUGCCAAUAAGAACAGCUGCUAAGACUUGCCAUUUUUAGUGUAUUAGUUAAAUCAUUUUUCGUGUCUUUGGGAUAUUGGGCCAAAUACAAAUUGUGCUUGUGGUGUGGGUGUAGAGUAUUCUCUUUUCACAAGGAAUGCGGGUUGCUUCUCUAAGUGGUUAAUUUCAGUUGAGACAGUAAACGAGAGAGUAUGUAAGAGCCGUGUGUGGCAUUGUUUUUUCCGAUGCCAGAGCGCUGGUUCAAGCCCAAUGACUUUGAUUUCGUGACAUGUUCGUGUGUGCGGUCAGUCCCCUGCUUGAGACGUACUGUCUGCUUGGUCAGGUUUGAGGGCAUUGCCACUAAAUAGUCACAUGUACUGUACAGACUCGAGGAAACAAAUGGAAGGAUGUAAUAAAUAUUAAUAUAUGCAACACUA